AUGGUUUCAUCAGAUGUCAAGUCGCGAAAGCGCGAGGAUUAUCCUUUUAUCCUGGAUUACCGAACAAGAUGGAACGAUAAUGACAUGUACGACCACAUGAACAACUCCAUCUACAACUUUCUCUUUGAUUCGGCAGUUAAUUCCUAUCUGAUUGAGUUCUGUGGCCUUGACCCGCCAACUUCAGAAGAACACCCAUUGGCAGUUCACUCUCACACAGAUUUCUUAUCGUCUAUUGCAUACCCCGCCGUGGCUGAAGUCGGAGUGCGCGUCAACAAGCUAGGAAAAUCUAGUGUCACAUACGAAGUCGCCGUCUUUGAGCGCGGUGUGCCUGGCGUCAAGGCGGUGGGAGAAUUCGUGCACGUCUUUGUAGAGCGCAAGCUCGGUCGACCCGGACCCAACGGUAUGAGCGAGGGGUUGCGUCGCAAUCUGGAGAGAAUCACCAUUGGAAAGCCCAAAAUUUAG